CGUGAAGCCCGCCGCUAAGCCCAAUGCUUUUUAAGAGUCUAAGACUCUUGAACCAGAGACAUUCUAACUAAAUGGCGUCUCACAUUCAGCAUUUGCCGGCAGUAAACAAGAAUAGCAACCAACGCUAAUUGGCUCCGGAAGAUGCGUCCAUGCCUUGGGAUUAGACAGCGAGAGUGAUAGCAAGGUCAAGUAUGGCGAAGAGGAGGCUGCUACUGCUCUUGAAGCCUUUUGACAUCUACCCAGUUGGCCAACACUUCUGUCAGUCCCGCAUUACCAAUCCCAAGAUUUUUCAAUUCCUAGAUAAUAGGCGGAAGGUCCACAAAGAAGCUGUGAACUUCUGUCAGAGCAUUUUACAGAGGAAGGCAGUUGAUUGGGAGCCGGUUUUACGUGCCAACCUGUCUCAACAAAUUCAUAAUUUUGAUUUUGUUGUUACUGUUGGUGGUGAUGGCACUCUUCUGAAAGCAAGUCAUUUCAUGGACGAUUCAAUUCCGGUUCUUGGAGUGAACUCAGACCCAACUAAAGUUGAAGAGGUUGAGGAAUUUGGUGACGAUUUUGAUGCUACCAGGAGCACUGGCUACCUGUGUGCGGCAACUAUGAAUAACUUUGAACAGGUUCUAGAUGAUAUCCUAGACGGUCGUAAACAGCCUUCCGAAUUGUUGAGGAUGUCGAUACGAGUAAACUCACAGCUGUUAUCAACGUUUGCCCUUAACGACAUAUUGGUAGCACACCCAUGCCCUGCAACAGUCUCUCGAUUUUCAUUUAGGAUUACAAGGGGUGACAAAUCAAGUACGCCACUAGUGCACUGUAGAUCAAGUGGCAUUAGAGUCUCAACUGCUGCCGGUUCAACAGCUGCAAUGCUCUCAGCAGGUGGGUUCGAGAUGCCAAUCUUAUCGCAAGACCUCCAAUACAUGGUUCGAGAACCCAUUUCACCUGCAACUGCUGUUUCUAGCUUGACGAUGCAUGGGACUAUGAAGCCAGACGAGGCCAUGGAGAUGACUUGGUCCUCAGAGAAGGGUUUUCUAUACAUUGACGGUUCCAACGUGGUGCAUAGUAUUCAGUAUGGAGACACAAUUCAAACGUCUGCUGCAGCCCCUCAUUUGAAAGUUUUCUUGCCCGACAGGCUGGAGUCCUCAUGAACAAUUCAGACUAGAACCACUAAUGUAAAUAAGAAAGCAAAGGUCUGCAAAAUGUUCUUGUUCUGGUUGUACACCUGUAAAGUUACCGAGCCAAUUCCCUAACUUCAUCAACGGGUUGCUCGGUGCUCCAAAAGCUAGGUUAGAAGCUUCAGCAGCUUUUCUGUUCCCAGAGAAUAAGGUAUGGCUGUUUGUUUGAGUGGUGUACUACAGAAGUGCUUAGAUGUCAACAUCAGAAUUCGCACAGUUCUGCCUUGGUUGCCAUAUCUGCUUUCCGGACCCUGGAUUUGCAGGAGUUACAAGUUACAACUAUCCAACCUGCAUCAAGUGCUGUCAAAUGGUUUUCGAAAUAGUUUGUUGAAAGUUGGUAUUAGAAUUUAGCCUCCCCUGUAUUUGAUUUCAGUAUUGACAAACUGAUUCACUGUCUUUAAACCUUGAAGAUCUGUUUGGGUGCUACUCAUUCUACUUUGUGCCACCAGCAGUACGACUCCAGGAAGAUAAAAUAUUGGCGAGGUU